AUGGCGAAAAUCCUGAUGAUUCAAGGUGCGGGAAUGAAUAUGAGGGGCAAAGUGCAGGUUGAAAUAUUUGGCCCUAUGACUUUGCCGGAAAUUAACGAGCAGGUGAAGGGCUAUGCCGAGAGCCUGGGCCUCGAUGUUGAAUUCGUUCACUCGAACGUGGAAGGUGAAGUGGCGGAUGCCCUCUAUGCAGGCCACGACGGCGACGUGGAUGCCGCAGUCAUCAAUCCCGCCGGUUACACUUCCCUCAACGGGGUUCUUCGCGCAGCCAUAGCCCAGGUCCGGUAUCCGGUGAUUGAGGUCCACGCUUCUAACCCGGCAUCCCGAGGCGGGGUUUCAGCGGUUCAGCCCGUUUGCAAGGGCUCCGUGUAUGGUUUCGGUGUCUAUGGCUACUAUCUGGCCCUGGUGGGCUUGAAGCAGCAGUUAGCGGGAUAA